AGUAACACACACAUUUAUUUUAAAACAGUUAUGGAGCCAGAUGGUAGGAACCGUCUUCAACUCGAGAACCAACGCAUGGAAGAGAGACUGAGGAUGCUGAAGGAAAUGAUGUCAGUGGAGAAGGCACAAAGAGAGGCUAGUACAAACAAUAGAUCAUACUGGGAGUCAGGGAAGAGAGGACCACUAUCAGUCAAGAAGAACAACAGUAACACAACUGGAGUGGAAAAACUAGGGAAGAAUAAGAAGAAUGUUAGGGUGAGCCUAUUAACUGGUAGAGAGCCUGAUCCUGUAUUAAAAGAGAAGAUUCAGUGUGGGCAGUGUGACCAGUAUCAUGCAUCCAUGAUGUGCAUUGAGUGUGUAGAGAAUUACUGUAACAUGUGUUUUGUCAAGAUUCAUCACAAAGGAUCUCUUUCUAAGCAUCACGUGAGGCCACUGGCAAAAACAGCAGUGAAGCAGUUUACUGGUAAAGUACAUCAAACAGACAAUGAUGUUUCUCAAUUGUCUGUUGGAACUGGUGAAGAAGAGAAGGAUCAUUCUUUACUAGAGGGUAACUAUGAUGAACUAGCCAGUGCAACAAUGUUCCAAGAGGCAUUAAGAUCAUGGAGAAACUCUGGUAAAGAGCAAGAAACAUCAUCAAUUGCUGUGGAAUCUGUCUCAUGUGGUGUUCAAGCUGCUCCAAGUGAUGAUGCUGAGAGGAAAUUAUUAAGUUCUUUAGAGUCCAUGAGCACCAAUAAUCAUAGCAGCAAUGCUUCCUCUUACUUUGAGACACUUCUACUAAAAAGAGUCAAAGCCAAUCCUUCAUUCUUUAGUUCAAUUGGUCCACUAGCAUCUCCAAAGAUUACUCCUCAUCAGCCAUUAGUUAUGGAGGAUGAUGAUGAUAUGGAUGAGCAGAAUCAGUCUUCAGUAAUGAUAUCUCCUUAUAAUUUGUUCUACAGCAGUGACUCUGAUCAUGGAAUGUUUAAUUUUGAGACUACUGAUACAGUCAGUGUACCCAAGGCUGCUAGCUCUGUGUCUGUUCAAGAGCUUAGCCCCACACCACUAGUAACAGAACCAGUACCAGCAACUACACAAUCUGCAGCAGAGAAGGCUCAGUCAGGAUUAAAGGAUGGAGAUGCAAAGAAUCAUUUGCAUACAACACCAAUAGCAAAAGAACUAAUGUUAGAAUGCUCUGGAUCAUCUACUGGGCUGUUAUCAUCAAAAAAGCAACCAGCAUUGGUGCCUCCUUCCAAAGCAAAUAAAGGAAAGAAUGGCUCAUUAAAAGUCAAACAAACAAACAGUAGCAGUAGCAAGAUCAAGAAAUCAUCAAAAAGCAGUAGAAACACUCCGAGUUCUGAAGGAUCACCAGUUGUAACUGGAGUAAGGCAAUCACUCUCUGAGGCUGCUUUAAAUGCUUCAGUGGAACAAAUCUGGAAGAACUCAUCCUCUCACUCAAUUUCUCAAAGAAAGACAUAUGAUCUUUCAUCUUUAUUCAUGGUUUCUGUUGAUAAUACUUCUUCUUCUCCUCCUAUCAAUCAAUAUGAACUAGUUGAUGAUAAGGAUAUGUAUGUACCAGUCAAUGCUGGAGAGGGAGAUUCUGUUUGGCUGCCAGGGAAAAGCACUACAGCAGCAAGCAAUGAUGAGACAGCUCAAAGCAGGGUAGUUCUUAAUGGUUUUGAUCUUCCACCCCUAAGCAGUGUCACCACAUCAUUCCCACAGCAACAGGAGGAUCAGUAUAUUGAUGAUUCUGAUUCUGAUUCUAACGAAACGCUACAAUGGGAAGAGAAGCAAGAGGAGGAUGAGAGAGAGGAAGAGAAAAAGGAGGAGGAUGAGUUGAUACAUGAACUAGCAUCAAUGUGUACUUUGACUAGUGAGGAGGGAAGAGAAGGGACAGAAGAGAAAGAAGAGGACAUUGAAGAGCGAGUGCUGUCACGCCUGACCAUCGAUGACUUGAUACAUGAUUUUGAUGUCUUUCAAGAUCAAAUCAGAGAAGAUGAUGAUGGAAUGUGAAAAAGUACUAAAUGUGUAUAUUUUGACUUACACAAUACAUUGUGUUCACUUGGUAUAAGUUUUUCUUUACCAUUAAUAAUUAAAUCUCAAUUUUAUUGUA